GCAGACGCGUCCCUCAGAAGGGAGUGACAGAGGCACAGGCGGGACGUCAUUCUCGUCAGCGCGCGUUGUUGUUGUUGUCGUCGCCGUCCUCGUCGCCGCGCCUCUGGCUUUCCCUCAGGAGCCGCGGGGCCCCGGCCAUGCUCCCUCCGCCAGGCCCACCGCGGUCUUGGGAGCCGGAGCGGCGAGGCGAGGAAGAAGGGGAAGGGGAAGGGGAAAGGGAGGGAGGCUCGGGGCCUUGGCCUCGGCCAUUGCGGUGAUGAGAGGAUGGACGCCGACGAAGUGAGCAUCCGCGAGCAGAACUUCCACAGCCAAGUCCGCGAGUACACGAUCUGUUUUCUUCUAUUCGCUAUUCUGUAUAUUGUUUCCUAUUUCAUUAUCAGAAGAUACAAGAGGAAAGGAGAUGAGCAAGAAGAUGAAGAUGCAAUUGUCAAUAGAAUUUCGCUGUUCUUGAGUACAUUUACUCUUGCAGUUUCAGCUGGUGCCGUCCUUCUUUUACCUUUCUCCAUAAUCAGCAAUGAGAUCCUACUCUCUUUUCCUCAUAGCUACUAUAUUCAGUGGCUAAAUGGCUCUCUAAUACAUGGUUUAUGGAAUCUUGCUUCCCUGUUUUCCAAUCUUUGUUUAUUUGUAUUGAUGCCCUUUGCUUUCUUUUUUCUGGAAUCAGAAGGCUUUGCUGGCUUGAAAAAGGGGAUCAAAGCGCGCAUUCUGGAAACCGUUGUUAUGCUCAUUCUUCUUGCGCUGCUCAUCUUUGGAAUAGUGUGGGUUGCUUCAGCUCUCAUAGACAAUGAUGCUGCGAGUAUGGAGUCUUUGUAUGAUCUUUGGGAAUUCUACCUCCCGUAUUUAUAUUCCUGUAUAUCAUUGAUGGGAUGUUUAUUGCUUCUAUUAUGUACGCCAAUGGGACUUUCACGAAUGUUUACAGUAAUGGGUCAGUUGCUUGUGAAGCCAACGAUCCUUGAAGACCUGGAUGAACAAAUAUAUAUUAUCACCCUAGAAGAAGAAGCUAUCAUGAGGAGGCUAAAUGGGAUUUCUUCCUCCGUGGAAUAUAACCCAAAACAACUGGAACAGGAGCUCAAUAAUGUGAAGAGAAUGAAGACAAAACUGGAGCGACGGAAAAAAGCUUCUGCGUGGGAAAGAAAUCUUGUAUAUCCAACUGUAAUGAUAUUACUUCUAACUAAAACGGCAAUCUCCGUCCUUCUGGUUGCUUGCAACAUUCUUUGCCUAUUGGUUGAUGAAACUGCAAUGCCAAAGGGGUCAAGGGGGCCUGGCAUUGGAAAUGCCUCUCUGUCUACCUUUGGCUUUGUCGGCGCAGCGCUUGAGAUCAUUUUAAUUUUCUAUCUUAUGGUCUCCUCUGUAGUCGGCUUCUACAGCCUGCGUUUUUUUGGAGAUUUCACUCCCAGAAAGGAUGACACAACCAUGACAAAGAUAAUUGGGAACUGUGUUUCUAUAUUGGUCCUCAGUUCAGCUUUGCCAGUUAUGUCUAGAACACUGGGCAUUACAAGAUUUGAUCUUCUUGGAGACUUUGGAAGGUUUAACUGGUUAGGGAACUUCUAUAUCGUGCUAUCUUACAAUCUGCUCUUUGCCAUUUUGACAACCCUGAGUUUGGUCAGAAAAUUCACCUCAGCAGUUAGAGAAGAACUGCUCAAAGCACUAGGUUUAGAUAAACUUCACCUCUCACACAAUGCAAGAGACUCUGAGACAGCUAAGCCCUCUGUAAAUGGGCAUCAGAAAACACUGUGAAAAGCAGUCAGUGGGACUGAGCUCUUCAGCUUCAUGACAUUCCUGUCACUUCAUCACACUUGGUUUUUGUAUUGCUUUUACCUGUUUGUAUUUUGGGUCCAACGUGAUACAGAUGUGUCCAAGAAAGAUGGGUACAUCUGGCUGUGUUCUCCUCUCUUGGACUGGCCUGUGUUUCUUCCAGCUUCUUUUUCAGCUGGUUCAGAAAUGUGGCUCAAAACCGGGAAGCUGAAAACUGCAUUCCUCUUUGAAGAGUUUCCAUAUUGAACUGUCUGUGAAGAAAUACAUUUCUGAAGAAUGUGGUUAUGUGCCUGAGAUGAACCUUGCUAGUUGGAAAUGCACCCAGCCGCACCCCAUUGCUUAAUUUUUCCAGUAGGACUGUAUUAUGAAAGCGAGAUUAACUUGCAGGAUGUAGAAAGGUCCAGGAUCAGUUAAUUUGCUCGUGUAGUUUGUACUGUAACUACCGAAUAUCUAAGCAGUCCUACUUCUAAACAACAAACCGUCCUGCAGUUAUCACUGAAGACAACUUCCUUCCUGGUUAAUGUAUUAUGCAAUAAUUUAACCUCACACUGCUAAAACUGAGCCUGGAAAACUGACAAAUUUCACAGACCUCUGAUCAUUGUGUACAGAAUCAUGUAUCUGGAAUAUCUUAAUACAGCAAUUACUUGCUUCACUAAAUAUUAUGCACAGAAA